UGCAUUCGUAUCUCUCUUUCCCUUCUGUCAAAUAUUUGCGUAUCUUCUUGAAAUUAACACCAUAUCAUCAUGUCAUUCCCUUCAUAUAAUAACCUCACAAACACCAAACCACAUAAACACCAAAAUUCUUUACAUACUACACAAUUCACAAACUUAAUAUCAUCAUAUUAGAAAUGGCUCAAGUUGCAACAAUGGAUCAUCAGUUUCAUGUUCUAGCUGUUGAUGAUAGUAUUAUUGAUAGAAAACUCAUUGAAAGGCUCCUCAAGACUUCUUCUUACCAAGUUACUGUUGUGGAUUCUGGGAGCAAGGCUCUAGAGUAUCUUGGAUUGUCAAGUGAUGAGAAUGAAGGAGUAGAAAUUGACCAUUCUCAUGUAAGAGAAGUUGGAAUCAAUUUGAUUAUAACAGAUUAUAGCAUGCCUGGAAUGACUGGUUAUGACCUCUUGAGAAAGAUUAAGGGAUCAUCAUCUUUGAAAGACAUUCCAGUAAUAAUUAUGUCUUCAGAAAAUGUUCCUUCAAGAAUUAAUAGAUGUUUGGAAGAAGGAGCUGAAGAAUUUUUCCUAAAGCCACUCCAACAAUCAGAUGUGAAUAGAAUUAAGCCCCAUUUAAUGAGGGAGAAAAGACAGAAAGUAACUCCAAAUAGUCUCAAAAGAAAGGCCAUGGUAGAAUGCAUAUCUCCUGAGAAAACAAGAAAAUACAACAAUUUGUGUGGCAUCUUUUGGCAGAACAUUUGUGAGUAAAGAGAUGUCAAAUUCUUUGAGUUAAUUUAAGCAACAAGGAGUUUUCUCUUUAAUUGAAACAGGAAGGUUUCAAGUGGAAGAAAAAUCUAAGAGAAAAAAAGGCCAUGGUUCAAAAGGAAAGAGGGAAAAUUUGGGCAUUUCGUACCAAGAAAAUGAAUGUAAGACAUGUCUCGGAACAUAUUUGUCACAACUCAAAAGAGGUUUUUGAUGUCCUUAAAAGUCACCCUUGAUGUCCAUCCAAUUUGAAACAAUUGUUUUUUCCAGAAACAUACUUGUAAAUGUUUAAGAUGAUUAAAACUUCAUUAUGCAAUUCUGGAUUAGAUGGCAAGGGAACUGGAUUAGCUCUUUGUGUUGAGAGACAUGAUCCAAGUGAUUUUGUAAUUAAACUAGAUUUACAGUGAAGCUAUUGUAAUUAAUCAGAUCUGAUUUGGGUCUCUA